UCCAUCGUCAAUUCAAGGGAAAACACUGAGCAUUUCUUCUCUACAAAACAGUGAAACCCCACCAUAAAACUUUUUAUUGUACACAUAACGAAACGAAGGUAUUCAUCACUGAAAAAUUCAUCAGAAAUAUUAUUGUGAAGCUGAUCAGAGGAUUAACUCCUCAUUGACUCAAUCGACGCAGCUUUUUCCUCAAAAUCAUGGACGAUUUCAGCUUCUCUGAGGAGGAAGGCGCUGAUACCGCUGAUUCCCUGGACAUAAAACCUCCUCAAGCAACAGUUGCUCUCCACAAAUCGAGUUCUUCACGUCGCAGGGAAAAACACAGUGACAGACGUGACAGACGAGAGGAGAAAGAGCGAAAAUCUCGUCAUCAUGACAGAGAGGAGAGGUACAGGGAUAAACAUAGGCAUCGAAGACAUGGGCCAGAGUCUAUGGACAGAUCCGAUCGUCAGGACAACUCGAAGAGAGACAGGGAACGUCCUGAUAGGCUGGACAGGGGUAUGGAGACGCAUUCCAGGGAUGGAGAGUCCUCCAGACACGAGAGGAAAGACCGAAGCACUGGAGAUCGUGUCCUCGAAGAUUUGCGCACCAGGGCUUUGGUUUCCAGACUCCUGGACAAACGUCGAGAGAGGCGAGACGAUCCACGAGAUCUGCGUGAGUAUAAAUCAGAAUCGAGACGUGAGUUGCGGAUCGAGGAGAGUCGAGACAGACGAGAGUUGAGAAUUGAAAGCAGAGAGAGUCGCAUAAUAACUGAAGAGAGUCGUGAUCGUCGUGAGUUGAGAGUGGAGGAGAGGAGACACCUGAUGAUCGAGGAGCAGUACUCGGAGCCAGAGCUGGUGGAUCGAGAGAAAAGACACAAGAGAAAUCACAAGCACGAGAGAACACGAGACAGAGAGAAGAUGGAGAGAGACAGACAUCCAGUGGAUCUCGGACAGGACGAUCCUGAGCCCAUGGACAUCGGUGAUGCCCCAGUGGUAUCGAAAGAUCCCAAAGAAAUGACUGAGCAGGAGUUGCGCAAGGAGAGAUUGUUGGAGGCAGAUCGAGAGAAGGCAGCGAGGAGGGAAAGAUCGAGAUUGGAGUUGGAGGAGAGAAGAUCAAGACGUGGGGAAAAACGAAUACACAGUCCUGGCCCUGAUCCUGAUCCAUCGAUUGUCGAAUUGUCCGAUGAGAGUCGAAGUGCUGAAUCUGACGAUGAAAGAUCGAGAUCACCAAAAUCCCAGAGACAAUCAUCAGACGAGCGAAACAGUGGUAACGAACGCUCCUCAGAGCAUCACACCACCGACUCCUCGAGCUCGUCCUCAUCCAACGAAGAUGACUCUAAUGACUCUGCCCACGGCUCCAAAGAGGACUCCAAUGAUGGCUCCGAUUAUAACAAUGCGAGUCCCCUGUCAGUGGAUCGACUUGCCAAAUCCGAUCACUCUGAUGGAGAUUCUCCAGGUCGUGUCGAGCCCAAUGGAGUGAAAACCGGGGAGGAAGAGGAGGAGGAGGAGCUGAAGAAGGAGGUCCUGCCAGAGCUGCCACCGUAUCUCCCUGCCAUCCAGGGAUGCAGGAGUGUUGAGGAGUUCCAGUGCCUCAACAGAAUCGAAGAGGGUACCUAUGGUGUCGUUUACCGAGCACGUGACAAACGCACAGAGGAAAUUGUUGCCUUGAAACGAUUGAAGAUGGAAAAAGAGAAGGAAGGAUUCCCCAUCACGAGUCUCAGGGAAAUAAAUACCCUCCUGAAGGCCCAACAUCCCAAUAUCGUUACUGUAAGAGAAAUAGUAGUUGGUAGCAAUAUGGACAAGAUUUUUAUCGUCAUGGACUACGUGGAGCACGACCUGAAGUCCCUGAUGGAAACGAUGAAGCAGAAAAAGCAGGUUUUCAUCCCUGCGGAGGUGAAGUGCCUGAUGCAGCAGCUGCUGCGGGCUGUGGAGCAUCUCCAUGACAACUGGAUACUCCAUCGCGAUUUGAAAACGUCGAAUCUCCUGUUGAGUCAUCGUGGUAUCCUCAAGGUCGGCGAUUUUGGUUUGGCAAGGGAAUAUGGAUCACCUCUGAGGCAAUACACACCAGUGGUAGUGACUCUCUGGUACAGAGCACCUGAACUUCUUCUCAAUGGAAAGGAAUACAGUACACCUAUUGACAUGUGGUCUGUUGGCUGUAUUUUCGCUGAACUCGUGAGGAUGGAGGCACUUUUUCCUGGUAAAUCUGAGGUCGAUCAGCUCAGUAGGAUAUUCAAGGAGCUGGGAACACCAAAUGACAGAAUAUGGCCGGGGUACAGCAAAUUACCGAUGGUCCAGAAGAUGACGUUUGGACAGUAUCCAGUCAACAAUCUCAGGCAACGGUUUCACAUGUUUCUCAAGGAUCAGGGGAUGGAGUUGUUGAACAAAUUACUGACUUAUGAUCCUGCACAGAGGAUGACUGCUGAGGAUGCUGUCAAGCAUGGGUAUUUUACUGAGGCUCCACUUGCUAUUAAUCCUGAUAUGUUUCCUACGUGGCCUGCCAAGUCUGAGCUCGGCGCUAGGACUGCCAAUGCAUCUCCAAAACCACCGAGUGGUGGUAGGGAGUAUAAGCAGCUUGGGGAUGGCGAUGAGGCGGAGAUCAACUCAUCUGGGGGAUUUCACAUGGGCAUGCUCGAUGGAGGCAGACCUCCACCUGUUGGUGGGGGCUUUCAUCUCAAAUUUUGAGGGCAUUCCAUUGGACUCACUGUUGUGAAUUUUGUAUGAAUCGAAUUGUGGUGGUAUACAUUAAAAUUCAUUUUGUAUAGAGGCAUGUGGAAAACGUAA